AUGACGGUGAAUGGACAUAAAAGGGGAAAAGCAGAAAAGGUGACGGUAGUUCUCGGUGGCCCACGACUAGACGAGCUUGAAUCAAAUCAGGUGAAGGUAGAAUCCUCUGAAUUCAUCAUUCCUGAGGGCUACAAAUCAGGUGCAUACGAAUGGGAUCUUGGACUUAUAAAACUUAGCGAACCCGUGGAAUUAGCUGACAAUAUACAACCAGUAAAACUAGCUGAGGGAGACGAUAAUUAUGCUGGAGACGUAGCAACUGUGUCUGGAUGGGGCGCUACAUAUCAAGCUCAGUACUUCCUUGAACCAGUUUUGAGAUGGAUAGAAUCCGUAAUAAUAUCCUAUCGCGAGUGUAUUAAAGAGAAUACACCGUACAAACAAAUGAUUGUAGAAGGAAGUAACAUUUGUCAAUUGGCUGAGGCUAACAGCGCUUGCCAUGGGGAUGCUGGUGCCCCCUUGACCCUGGAUGGCGUACAAAUUGGUCUAGUUUUGUUCACCCAAUAUAACUGCUUCCAAGGACACCCCGUCGUUUAUACCAGAGUAGCCACUUAUAUUGACUGGAUCAAAGGAAACUCAGAUAUUUAGAAAUAAUAUAUGACUAUAAAUUGCUGUUAAAUGAAUAGCUUAAAGCAAGACUUACAUAUAUGCAUACAUUUUUAUGUUACAAUAUCUAAAUAAAACCUAUUAUUAUUA